AUGAGCAAGAGAAGAGCCGAGACGGCACAGGAAGAGAGGGAAGCUCUCAAGUCUGGAGAGCGCCCUGUCGCGCCAGAAAAUGGCAAUAUGCAGGAUGGCGACUUCGAGGACGAAUACGAGGACGAGUUCGAAAGUGAAGACGAGAUCCUUGAGGCUGGUGUUGAUGGAAGACCCGACGAAGAGCGCGAGGCUGAAGAACGCGAAGAUGCUAUGGAAGUAGAUCAAGGCACAUUUAUACCCGGUCGAAGUUUAUUGUCUGUUGGCGAGACACUUGCCCCAGAUCCAUCCACCUACGACAUGUUCCACAGUCUCGAAUCUCCGUGGCCGUGUCUGUCGUGCGAUAUAAUAAAGGACAGUCUUGGAGACAACCGGACAUCGUUCCCGGCAACAUUGUAUGCUGUAGGAGGCACACAAGCCGAGUCUGGAAGAGAAGGAGAGAAUCAGCUUAUGGUAAUGAAGAUGAGCGGCCUUAGCCGUAUGGAUCGAAAUGAGGAAGAAUCGGAUGACGAAGAUAGCGAAGACGAAGCCGACCCGAUUCUCGAGACCAAGUCAAUCCCUUUGAAGUCAUGUACGAAUCGCAUCCGUGCCCACCAAGCUCCUCAACACUCAUCUGCACACCCUCCGACGACGCUCACAGCAUCCAUGACUGAGAGUGGUGAGGUUCUUAUUCAUGAUAUCACAGCUCAUCUCACCUCAUUCGACACCCCGGGUACUAUUAUUACCUCCCAACAAAACAAACCUCUACAUACCAUAAAGAAUCACGGUCGUACAGAGGGCUACGCAGUAGACUGGUCUCCGGUGGUCGCUGCGGGCGGGCUCCUGACAGGUGACAUUACAGGACGUAUUUUCUCAACCAAACGUACACAGACAGGCUUUGUGACCGACUCAAUGCCCUUCACAGGACACUCUGGCACUGUCGAGGAGAUCCAGUGGUCGCCGAGAGAAAACAAAGGCUUUGCAUCAGCUGGAAACGACGGUACGAUCAAAGUCUGGGACAUGCGAGAUAAAAAACACAAACCAGCGUUCAGCGCCCAAGCAAGCAAGACAGACAUCAAUGUCCUGAGCUGGUCCCAUCAAACGGACUACUUGCUUGCGUCCGGACAUGACGAUGGCAGCUGGGCUGUAUGGGACCUGCGCAUGUUCCCAAACAAAACAAUAACACAGGAAUCCGCCGUAGCGUCCUUCGACUUCCACAAGGAGCAGAUCACAUGCGUCGAAUGGCAUCCUACCGACGAUAGCAUAGUCAUGGUCGCAGCUGGGGACAAUACACUUACACUUUGGGAUUUAGCCGUAGAGCUUGACGAUGAAGAGAGCAGAGACACAGCAGGUGUUGCAGACGUGCCUCCUCAGCUACUUUUUGUGCAUUACAUGGACCAGGUGAAGGAGGGACACUGGCACCCACAGAUUCCAGGUUGUGUGAUGGCAACGGGUGGUAGUGGCUUUGGAGUCUUUAAGACAAUCAGUGUAUGA